AUGAAACAGCUACUAAUCAUCGGCCUUAGCCUGGCAAUAUGCCAUGGACUUCCUACUCCAGAUGCAUUCGUACCUCACUCGGAAUACGGUGUCCCAAGAGCGGUUCUUCCUAUACAAGUUGCAUCUUUCCCGUACCCAGGAAAACUUGUGGAGGUUCCAAAGGUCGUUAUUCCUGUAGAAACAUAUGGUGCUCCUCCGAAUAAUGAAUAUGGUGUACCUUCAGAAGCUCCUAAAACUAUCGUUUCCAACUAUGACUACGUUAUUCCUCAGGCACAGGCUGCUCCAGUAGAAACCUAUGGCGCCCCCGCUCAGGAAAACACAGUUCUCCCACAUGCUCCAGUUAAUGAAUAUGGUGCCCCAGUAGAAACUUACGGCACUCCUGCUGCUGAAUAUGGUGUUCCCUCAUCAGAAGCCCCCAAAGCUGUCGUUUCCACUUACGAGUACGUUAUUCCUCACGCAGAGGUUGCUCCGGUAGUUGCUGUUCCGGCAGAAGCAUAUGGUUCUCCUGCUCAGGACAAGAAUUUGCUCCCAGAAGCUCCAGUUGACACUUAUGGGACUCCAAAUACUGAAUAUGGAAUUCCCCAAGUAAAAGUUCUUGUACCGGCAGAAGCAUAUGGUUCUCCCGCUCAGGAUAAUAACAGUCUUCUCCCACAAACUCCAGCUAACGAAUAUGGUGCUCCAGUAGAAACUUAUAGUACUCCUGCUGCUGAAUAUGGUGUUCCUCCAGAAGCCCCAAAAGCUGUCGUUACCAACUACGAAUAUGUUAUUCCCCAUGUACAAGUGGCUCCAGUAGUUGCUGCUCCGGCAGAAACGUAUGGUUCUCCUGCUCAGAAUAAGAAUCUACUUCCAGAUAACCAAUAUGGGUCUCCAACUGCUGAAUAUGGGGUUCCUCCGGUAGAGGUCGCUGCCCCGGCUAAAGCAUAUGGUUCUCCUGCUCAGGAACAGAAUGUGCUCCCAGAAGCCCCAGUAGAAACUUAUGGUACACCCGCUUCUGAAUAUGGUGUUCCCCCAGAAGCCCCUAAAGUCGUCGUGUCCAACUAUGAGUACGUUAUUCCUCACGUGGAGGUUGCUCCAGCAGUUGCUGCUCCGGCAGAAACAUAUGGUUCUCCUGCUCAAGACAGGAAUGUUCUCCCAGAGGCCCCACUUACCCAAUAUGGUGCCCCAGAAGAAACUUAUGGAACACCUGUUGCCGAAUAUGGUGUACCAUCAAAAGCUCUUCGUAUUCCUCAAGUAGUAGUUGCUCCAGAAACUGUUCCUGUGCAAACUUAUGGAACUCCUUCAGGAGUACCCAGGACACCUCAAGUAGCUUAUGGAGUUCCAGUGGUGCCGCAUAGUACCUACGGCGUGCCCGCUCAGUAUAGGAGUUAA